AUGAGCAAAAUCGUAGUGGCAUUUGAUCUCUAUGGCACAUUGUUGUCCACCGAAAGCAUUGCGCAAGAGCUGGCAUCUCAUUUCGGUGAUGACAAAGCCAAAUCCAUCGCUGCGGUGUGGCGGAAAUACCAACUUGAAUAUACAUGGAGGCUGAAUAGCAUGAAAAAGUACGAGCACUUUUCGGAAGUGACUCGAAAAGCCCUGAAGCAUGCGCUAGCAGAGCACGGCGUGGGCUUGAACGACCAGCAGGUUGAUAAGCUGAUGGAGGCUUAUGAUUCUCUGUCCACCUUUCCCGAUGUCAACCCAGCGUUGAAACGGUUGGCAGGGAACAAAAAUAUCGAAAACGUGGUUUUUUCUAACGGGACCAAGUCUAUGGUUACGAAUUCCGUCCACAAGUCGGGGAGUUUGGACUCGGCUGUCUUCAAGGAUAUCAUCACUGUCGAUGCUGUCGAAGUCUUCAAACCGGCUCCAGAGGUAUAUCGAUACUUGGCGCAGAAGGUGGGCAAACAAGGGCAAGAAUCCGAUUUGUGGCUUGUGUCAGGUAAUCCAUUCGAUGUUGUAGGAUCAAGAGCAGUUGGCAUGCAGGCUGCAUGGGUGGACAGAGCUGGCAACGGGUGGCAAGAUACACUUGGUCAAGGACCGACAGUGGUUGUCAAGAGUCUGGAGGAAGUAGCCGAUGCAAUUGAGAAGCACGCGUCUGGUAAAGCUUGA